AGUUGAUUUGGGUCUCACAUCCAAAACACAUAUGAAAGUCAUGUGAGUCAAGUUCAGAACAAAAUGCUCUCCUAAGUUCAUGAAAGAGAAUAUCUCCAAUUAAAAUCAGUUUACUCUCGCAGAAAGGAAUUUAUUUUGAUAAGAGAACGUUCAUUUUUAAAUACGAGACUAAUUUCCAAUCAAAGUGAUCUUAAUCAUGGUGAUUAUAAAAGAUUUUGUUCUCUAGCUCUGCAAAGAACCGUGUUAUCAACAAUAAAAUAGCUUGAAGAGGCAAAGUCUUGUUUUUUUUAGACAAGACAAAUUCUUAUUUGAAUUGGACCCGAUUUUCCAAAGACGAACGAAUAUGUUGUCGUUGUUAUUGCUGGUGGUUUUGGGUGUGGCGGUUGUGAAGGGUGCUACCGAGAGAUUCGACUACUGUGCAUUCUACCCGUUCCACACGUUGUGUCUGUACAGAGAGCGCGACCCGCUUCAAGACUGUCUGGGCCACGAGUUCAACGAUGGCAAGGACCACUAUUUGCCUGAGGGCAGGCUCACCAAAGAACAAAAGUCGGAAAUCAUGAGGGCACACAACGUGUUGAGAGAGAAGGUGGCAAAAGGCCAUCUCUACAGAGAAGCGAACCCGGCUUUGUAUCUGCCCAUGGCGAGCAACAUGUAUGAGCUGGUAUGGGACGACGAAUUGGAGGAAGCUGCGCAGGCGCAUGCCGAUCGCUGUCAGAAUGUCUUGUUCGACGUCAAUAGAGAUGUCGAACGCUUCUUGGUGGGCCAGAACAUCUACCACUCAUGCUACACCAACAGAACGUGGGGAGACUUCAAGGCAGCGGAAGUGAUUGACGUGUGGGCGGAGACACGCUACAGCAUGACCAAGGAGCGCUUCUAUGGAUACUCUCCGCGUCUAGGGGGCAAACACAUGCGACUCUACACGUUCGCUCAAAUGAUCUGGGGACCCAUGGACUUCAUAGGCUGUGCCCGGGCGGUCUUCAAGGGCAUGAAGAUGGUGCCCGAGAUCAAAGAACAGGUGGAGGUGUACAUCAGUCAGGUUGUGUGCAACUAUGGUCCCUCCGGCAUGGAAAUGAGGCAACCAAUCUACGAUGUGGGGGAGAAUUUGGCUGGCUGCUGCAAGCAUAAGAGCCUGCACUAUCCUGCCAUGUGUUAUCCUUGUGAAAGACCAUCUAGACCUAUAAACGUAUGACCCUGACAUGGUAGUACGUCACUUUUAACCUAUUAUUUUACCUGGUUAUAAUUUGUAUUGAUAGAGGCAUAAUAUUGCAAUGAAGUUCUUGUCAUUCUGUUGAUGUUUAACACAGUUAAUAAAAGUCAAUUUUCCAAGUAAACAAUUUUUUUUCAAGGUUAUUUACGUAUAACAUUCUGAAAU